GCCCCCAGGUGCAGCUACUGGCUCUGGAGGUAGUACGUGGCUUCAUUCUGGAUGAAGCGAGCCACGCUGGCUUCGACUUGCUGGGGCAAUACAACUGGGACUCCGAUGGUGAGGUCUUCACCUUCCUCAAUUUGAGUAGCAAGCGCAUCACAGAGGACGAGGUAGAGAAGGAAGCCAACUACAUGUUCCUCCUCGACUACUUGGCUACAUUCACUGGAGACCUUCCGACGCAGAUGGAGGUAGAGGACGUCCUCACCAAAGUUUCGAUGGAGCACAACUUGAACCGUUUUGACUCUGUUGGGAAGCAUGAGGCGGCGCUGGAUGGGUCGGUUCUGGUGUUCAUGGUCAUGUCAUAUCAUGAUGUGAUGCCCGGUCACUCCAAGAUGUCAGACCUGAAGCAGCUGGUCAUGGCAAAGCUUAAGGAGAAAGGCCUGCUGAAAGAGGGGAAGAAAAUUCCCACGAAAGGAAGGUCCCAUGACAAAUUGGAUCCUGAGGCGAAGGUGGACAAAGGAACCAAAGUUGAGUCUGUGGAAGCUGCACCGUCGCAACCUGAAGAUGCCAAGCCGCUCACAGCCGAAAUUGCUCAGCUCCCAGACAGCUCCUUGCAAGCUCAAGUCUUUACUCAGAUUCAGAGGCUGAAAUCUUCAAAUGAAAUUGCGAGCUUGUUGGCCCAAGCGCUCAUGAGGAAGGCUGCCCGAGCCAAAGAAGAUCCUGAGGAGGAAGCGGAUGAAGACCCUGAUGAGAAAUAUAAAGAUGAAGCAAAUGAUGAUGACCCUCCCAAGAGAGGCAAAGGAAGGGGAAAAGGAAGGGGAACAGGAAGGGGAAAAGGAAGGGGACGAGGAAAGAAAAGGGUUUUAGAAGAUCAGGACAAGGAAGAGUCAGAGCCAUCGAAAGUCACCCUGCCAGCAGAUCAACAAGCUUCGCCUGACAGAAACGCCCAGCAUGCAUCCCCCAAGCCCAAAACGAAGAAAAGAAAAGCAGAAAAGUUACCAGAUAAGGAUCAGAAAGGCCACAAAGGUGUUGAGAACAAUGCAGCACCCCCAGCAGAAGAUCAGAAAGAAACAGAAGAUGUUGACAAGCAGAAAGCACAAGAGAGAGAAGGUGUUGAGGAAAAGGCAGGUGAGGCUUCCCCGUCUUCAGUCCAGGCAGACAGAGGUGAGGCGACGCCCAAAAAGAUGCCAAAGAAACCAAGGAAGAAAACACCGCUCAAGGGGCGGUCACCCAUGAUGAUCAAAGGACUUUCACCCUUCGGCACCAAGUUGAUUGAUCGCGGGGCAACGUUCUAUCUCUACAAAGUGCCCGAAGCCCGCGUGAAACGAUUCAACGACUUGAAACUUUCUGAGACACCAGUGAAGGUGAACAAGCAGCAGGGCGUGAGCCUGGGAUGGUCCCGAUUUGGUGGCAUCCGCGAAGCGUGGGAAUUUGCGAUCAAAGUGGCUGGCUGGGUGCCCUUGGGGCCGAAGGAGCCGAAGGAGGCAGACCUGGACUUUUGCGAUGUCUUUGGUGGACAGGCAUCUGUGGCGCAUGGAUUUCGUCCAUGCCUCAAACUGUAUUUUUACGUGUUUCACUUCGAAACUUUGAAGGUGGCUUCAGCAGCCAAGGGGCACGAGGGUGUGCUCCUCAGAUUGUGUGCAGCCAGGGCAGAGGGGAUUCCUUCGACUGGUGCAGCUGGUGCUAAAAACUUGCUCCAGAAGGACUCAUUCACUGUGGCCCGCCUUGUGGAUGGGGUCAUGGGGAGCAGCAACACCGAAGCCAAGCGUCCUGUUUGGCACUGCCUCUACCGAAAGCUUACAAAGGCUCAGCGGCAGAAACUUAAGAGGCAGGGAACAAAGGCGCUCAAACAUUCACAGGUGUACCCAAAAGCCUAUGGAAAAGAAGUCGCCAAGCUCCACAGUACUCAUGUUGCACAGAACCAUGGAGCUCUACGUGAACAACUGGCCACCUGUUUCCCAGACCCUGUCUCGGGUGCGGAGCUUCGGAGCCUUUUGCGCCAAGCACCAUCAAUCCUGGGUCCAGAGUGGAAGCUCGCUGACCUGCAGCCAGUGCAGAGCUUUCUGAGGGAGCAGCGGGAUAAGGGCAACUAUAUCCCUGCGAUUCCACUAGGCGGCCUUACUCAAGGCCGCUCAAAGGAAGAUGCGAUGUGCGAAGCCAGAAAUGUCAGCGAAAUGCCUACAAUCCCAGCAGCAGCCGAUGACAUCGCAGUAGCAGCAACAAAGGUUGCACUUAAGGAGUUGGAAGGUGACAACCCGCCCACCAAAAGAUUGAAAAGGUCGAACGAAGUGGAUGAAGAUGAUUUUCACAGGAUUGAUUCCCAAGCCACUUUGAUCCUGGGUGACGAACCUGGGACUCCUGCAUAUGAGGUCCCUGCUGAGCACCUGCCCCCUAAACCCGGUUGCACGGCAGCCAAAGCAAAGCCUUCAAAGGAAGAUCCGUCAGGGAAGAGCAAGAAGUUAGAGCAUCAAACUGGAGGAGACGCAGACCAGCCAAAAGACAAGAAAGUCAAGAAAGACAAAAAAGAGAAGAAGAAAGAAAAGAAAGAAAUGAAGGCAGCAAAGAAAGGGAACCAAGACAAGGAAAAGGAUCAGGAGACAGACAGACCUGGUGUAGCUGUCUCUGACGACGACGAUGAUGACGGGACCUUCAUGCCUCGGAAGUUGGACUUUGAUGAAAUCGAUUCAAAUCACCCGGAUGAUUUGAAAGCCAUUGAUGACAUUGAAGCUGGUCUUCUUGAUGAAGAUGGUGCCGAAGCCUGUGAUGACACCUAUGUCGAGGAGGAUCAAUCUUGCGAAGUGAUCAAGAGUCAGAUGCUACUAGAUAAGGAAAGGGCUGCUGCAGUGAAGUUGGCCAAAGCACUUGAAGCGAAGGAAAAGGAGGCCGCAGAGAAGUUGGCCAAAGCACUUGAAGCUAAGGACAGGGAGUUUGCAGAGAAGUUGGCCAAAGCACUUGAAACCAAAGAAAAGGAGGCUGCAGAGAAGUUGGCGAAAGUGAAGGAAGAGGAUGCUGCAGAGAAGUUGACCGAAGAACAAGAGGCUGCAGAGAAGUUGGCCAAAGAACGUAAGGAAAAGGAGGCUGCAGAGAAGAUGACCAAAGAACGUGAAGCGAAGGAAAAGGAGGCUGCAGAGAAGUUGGCCAAAGAACGUAAGGAAAAGGAGGCUGCAGAGAGGUUGGCCAAAGAACGUGAAGCGAAGGAAAAGGAGGCUGCAGAGAAGAUGACCAAAGAACGUGAAGCGAAGGAAAAGGAGGCUGCAGAGAAGAUGACCAAAGAACGUGAAGCGAAGGAAAAGGAGGCUGCAGAGAGGUUGGCCAAAGAACGUAAAUAUGCGAAGGAAAAGGAGGCUGCAGAGAAGAUGACCAAAGAACGUGAAGCGAAGGAAAAGGAGGCUGCAGAGAAGUUGGCCAAAGAACGUGAAGCAAAAGAGAAGGAUGCUGCAGAGAAGUUGGCCAAAGAACGUGAAGCAAAAGAGAAGGAUGCUGCAGAGAAGAUGACCAAAGAACGUGAAGCGAAGGAAAAGGAGGCUGCAGAGAAGUUGGCCAAAGAACGUGAAGCGAAGGAAAAGGAGGCUGCAGAGAAGUUGGCCAAAGAAAAUGAAGCAAAGGGAAAGGAUGAUGAUGGCAACAAACGCCCAGUUGCCACACCGCAGGUGGCAUCAGAAGCCCGCCCUGCUCUCUCUAGAGGGAGUCCUUCUUUUGAUGGGGUUUGUGAUAUUUUGAACAGACAAAACAGCAAUAUCACCAGCCCAGAACCCAGCACCUCGCCAGCACCCAGCUCGUCAGCGCCCUCUGUCACAGUCCCAGCUGCCACUGCCCCAGCUCCCACCGUCCCAGUUGCUGAUGGUGCAGUGGAUGUGAACGGACACAAAAAGAAAGCCCGAACUCCAGCACAAUUGAUCGUCCAUAAAAAGAAGAUGUCUUUCUACCGAAGUUUGGACAGUACGGGGCUUAUGCGCCAUCGUUCCAGAAGUCCUCCUGAAAUUCGUUCCAUGGCUGCCAACGCACGUGGAAGCAUCUUGGCCUCAGGCAGCAGCAAGAGCGACAUGAUGCAGGUGUUGUGGGAGCAGUGGAUCCAAGCAGAUGGACACUGGGACAGGUCUCAGCUAAUGGUCCAAGCUCGGUCGUCAGUGUCCGGCUCAAAGACCGGAGGCCGCAGAUGGAUGCUAAGGCAGGACAUCAUCAAGAAGUACAACAAUGAUGAAACCAUAGCAGACGAGCUCAUCCGGUGCAAGGAGGCGGACCCGGCUUUGAGGAAGACACAGUGCAGAGACCACCCGGAACUGCCGCAUAGGGCCGAUUUGAGGUUGUAUCUGUGCUGGGAUGAAAGCUACGAAACAGACAAAGAAGACUUUGUCGUCGAACAGCUGCUGGCUUGCUCUCAGGAUGAUACCCACCGACGUGGCCGCAGCAGAGGCAAAAAGGGUGAUCGCAAGAGCAGCAAGGUUGGCAGCAAGGACCAUGGCAAAAGCAAAAAGAAGCGCAAGCGAUCGACUUCUUCCAGCGCAAGCAGCGACAAGAGCAGUGGCUGCAGCAGCAGCAAGUCCAGCCAGUCAAGCAGAUCGGCCUGCAGCAGCGACAGUGCGUCGUCGAGGGCAACGAGGGCAACGAGGGCAACGAAGGCAACGAAGGCUGCAAAGAAGGACAAAGCAAACAAAAGCAAAAAGAAUGCCAAGAAGAAGAGCAGGAAGGGUUCUCCUGAAUCGAGGCUGACAAAGGCAGAUCUUGAAAAGUUGGAGAAGCAGAAGAAGAGAGAGGAUGAAAAGGAGGAAAAGAAAAGGGCCAAGGAUGAGGAAAAGGAAGCAAAAAAGAAGGAAAAAGAAGAAGAGAACUCAAAGAAAAAGGCAGAGAAGGAAGAGAAGCAGAAGAUUGAAAAGGAAAGGCAAAAGACCAGGGCCGCUGGCAGGAAGGCGCUGAACCAGCUGCAGAACGCCAUCCAAGAGGUUGCCAAGAAAGAGAUCAAGGUCUCUGCUAUGGCUGCUGGCUUCCAAGAUGCCGCCCGAGCGGUCUUGGAAACCCAGAAGGCUCCAUUGAAGGAUGCUCGGGUGGCCUUGCAGAACGCAAUCGUUCCUAUGAUGCCUGCGUUGGUGGAACGAGCUGACACUGUGCUCAAAGAGUUCAAAUCCUUAAAGGAUGCUGGUGACGAUGAGGCCUAUGUUGCAGUCAAUGCCAUUGAGGAUGUCGCCACAGGUGAAACAGCUACAAUCCGGGUUCCUAUGGCAAACUCAAAGUUGAACCCUCCUUACGAGAUGAAACAGCUGGAACUGUUAGCAAGUGGCGUUUCAGCCAGCCGAAAAAGUGCUGGGGAUAUGGCUGAAUGCCCCAUUGUGGUUCGGGCGGACUGGUUGUACCACAAGCAGCUGCUCCGCUUUCGAUCAAGUUUGUCAGGGGGAGCAAAAGUGACAGUUUGCUUCCAGUGCCCUGCGUGGAACUCUGGGCCGUGCCGUUUCUAUGAUGUCAGUGAAACGUCGCCCUUGUGGACCAAGCAGUAUACAUUGGUUGAAUUUCUGGCUCAGCAAAUGCCACAGAAGGACCCAUGCCCAUUGAUCUGCCUGAAAGACUUUCACGUGAAGACCUUGAAGUUCUGCUCCAUGCACGUCAUAAACCUUGGCUUGUGCUUCGCGGUGAAUGGCGCGGCAUUGAUGACUUUGCUGGAGUGCGUUUUUUUUGGAAACCUUGCCCUGUCAGUGCAGCAGCGGCUGGACGCAGCAUACAAGCGCUUCAAGGACUUUUGCCGGGUUUGCAAAAAAACUGGUGAAAUGCUUUUGACGGCGAAAGCCUACAACGGACGUUGCAUCACUGAAUGGUUAGCCUUUGAACUCCUAGAAGCAUCCCGACAACAGCGCAAGCACAACGUGUGUACCGAGAAGGAAUGCGUUUUUGUGAGACGUUGCAAUGUUCGGCAUGAGCACACGUUCGUCGACGAGGAUGCCAUGGGGAAUCCCACCAUGCGAUUCGCAAUUUUCCCG